AUUUACAUACGGACACAUACAUACUCUUUCCCGGAAGGGUAGGUUAGGUAGAGACUACUUUCCACGAUCCCAAUUAUAUUGACAAUAUGAUAAUUUAUAUUUUGGGAAGGUUAUGGUAGAUAGUAUCUCUAUUUAGUUAUUCUCUUUGUUUAGUUUGUGACGGUAGGUAGGUACAUACCCAAGGUACCACAUAGGUAUUUUUUAUUUGUUAAGAUCAGUAAAAAGUAAACACUAGGUUAUUUAGCUACAUAAGGUUAUAACACAACAAUAUAGUUAGUACUUCAAACAAAUAUGCAGCCGGAACUUUACACCGACGCUAGUAUAUAUGCUAAGUCGUUUCCACAUUUUGGUCGACCAAAAGUAAUAGGUUAUAUAGGUUUGGAAAAUUUAAAGUUUGCCAAAUCAAUUCGUGAUAAGAGAGUGCAAUUUGAUUUAAAUUUGCAUCUUGAUAAAUGUAUACACCGGCCACCGGACUUGGAUGUAAAAAUAACAGAAUUACUUCGUUUUCUAUUGGAAAAUGAAAAAAAGCUUCAAUUACCUCCUGAAACAAGUCUGAAAGAAGCAAUUUUUUUUUGUUACCGUGGUCUUAUGACUUCUGUGGCUCUUACACCAUAUGAGAAUAAAGAUCCUUGGAGAAUUGUAGUAUUACUUCACAAAGGAAAUAUAUAUCUCUGUGCAAGAGACACAAAAGAAAGCAUACAAAGAAAACAGAAUAUGACAGAACAUGAAAAGAAAUGUUCAUCAUGGGGAUAUAAAUUUGAACAGUUUCUUUUAUCAGACAAACCUCACUUAGAUCCCAAUCCUGAUAAACCUGUCAAUGAAAAUGAGGAGUUUUCAUUAGUGUUCACAACGAAAUUAAAUGGUCAUACUAUCAUAUAUGGAGCUGAAAUGGAUGGCAUAAAUUGUGAUGUGUCACACCUGGGAACACCCCCUUCACUGGAAGCAAGCACAGAUGUAGUUAUUAAUUAUUUGUCUAAUGCACCAUUUAUUGAAUUAAAAACAAGCAAGCAUAUACAAUUUUCAAGACAAGAGACCAGCUUUAGGAGAUUCAAAACAAAGAAAUGGUGGUGCCAAUCAUUUCUUGCUGGCAUUGACACAAUAUUGUGUGGAUAUAGGGAUGAUGAAGGUAUUGUAGAUGAAUUGAAAACUUUUCAACUUAGAGACCUUGUGAAAAUGUCAGAGAGAUUUUGGAGGCCAAAUGUUUGCUUCAACUUCUUGAAUGAUUUCUUCACCUAUGUCAAGCGAUGUUUGGCAAGGGAAAUAAAACAUAAAUAUGGUGAAAACAGUUUAAAUGACCUACAAUCAUUACCCAUGAUAACUCUGAUAUUGGAAUGGAGGCCUGGGAAUCCAGUGCGUGUUACAGGAACUUACAAUAAUGAUGAUGAUCCCAUACUUCCAGAUUGGUUUUGUGAGAGUUUUGGCAAACAUAACAUGGACACUAUAAAAUAAGUAUGCAUGCUAAAGACUGCAUUUAUUAUAAAUAUCUGAAGUAUUUUUAUUUUAUACCUACUGUGAAAAGAAAACAUAUUUUAAUUGAUAAAUAAAAGUAAUUCUAUAUACUAUGGUACCAUUUAUUAUCACUGUAUAGCAAAUGGUGUAAAUCAACAUCCAUAAAAGACUAAUCAACAACAUGGAUAUUUUUCCUUAAAAUAUAAACAUAUACAAAUUAAAACUAGUUAUCAUACAUGUCUAUAAAAAAUUGAAGUAAAACAAUAAUUAACAGAACAACAUAGUUAUAGUAAAAAUAAACAAUGUCAUGUACUAUGUCUAAUGUUAAUGUACAUACAUAUUUUAUUUUUAGAAAGAAAGUCUCCAUCGCAUGACUGUAAAAAUUCAGCUAUUUAUCUGCUUCUUUAUAAUAAUUAAUUGUGAUCUUUUUAAUUGUCUACAUUAUAUUUUUGAAAACACAAUUCAUGGCUUUAACAAUCCUACAAAUUAUUGUAAUUGUAUGAUAUAUUAUUUGUUAUUAUAACUGAGAAUGUGAAUAAUGGAAUAUACCUAGUAUCCACUGUAUCAAUUAAUUAAUGACAUUUAAUUACCAUUCAUUCGAUAAAAUAUACAAGUUACAAGAAAAUUACACAAAAAAAUUAUAUGUUAUUUACAUUAACAUCAUGUCAUACAUACAUACAUGUAGUUACGUCUAUAUCCUUUGCGGGGUAGACAGAGCCAA